GUGUGUCUGUGCUCCAGCGCCACCAUACCCCCGCCCCAAGUCCGCACUGCAGAGAGUAGUGUUAAGCUUGCGCCCACACUGUUCUUCGUGAGUGCGCAACUAUAAGGCUAGAGAGAGCAAGGGAGCUGGCUGGCGAGAGAACCUGGAGAGCAGCCCGGGGAAUCCUUGCUGUGAGGCCGAAGGAGGAAGGAUCCUGCUCCUAGGAGGCUGUGGAGACCUAGACUGGUCUCUAAGUAAGUCCUAGCCUAGGCUCCUGUCCCAACCUGACCUGCUUCUGGGGAAACUGUUUCCUGCUCCUAGUGUGAGCCUUGCCAAAAUUUCAGGUUAUGGCGGUGGAGAUGCUACAGGACUGGUGCAGGUGGAUGGGUGUCAGCGCUCGUAGGGGCCUGCUUAUCCUAGGCAUCCUGGAGGACUGCAGUGAAGCUGAAUUCCAAGAGUCCCUGGAGGCUGCCCUGUGGCCCAUGGGCCACUUUAUUGUGCUGGGCAAAGUAUUUCGUGAAGAGGAUAAUGCCACUGCAGCCCUGGUUGAGCUUGACCGGAAAGUCAACUAUGCUUUGGUCCCAAGGGAAAUCCUAGGCACUCGGGGACCCUGAAACGUGGUCUUUGUGCCCCGUUGCUCCACCGAAGAGCUUCUUGGUCGUGUUUUUCACUUCUUGGAGCAACAGGGGCAGACGGUGGAUAGUGUACCUGGAGCCCUGGGCCUGGAGCUGGACAGAGUAUGCAGGCUCCAGUCAGUUAGUCAGGCAAUCCAGCCCUGGGUGGAGACCUUGCAGUACCAGAGCUUGGGUGUGUUUUCUGGGAGGGUUCAGCCAGCCCCUGGGGAGGAAUACUUUGAGGCCUGGCUAGACCACACCACUGACAUGUUUCAGGUGUGGCAAAGGGUCCCAGAAAGGGAGAAGAGGAGACGAUUGCUGGAGGGCUUGCGGGGGACUGCCCUGUACCUUGUACAUGGGCUGUUAGCAGAGAAUCCAGCAAGGACUGCAGAGGACUGCCUAGAGGCCCUGACCCGGGUAUUUGGAGACAAUGAAUCUCAGGCCACCAUCCGAAUGAAGUGUCUGACUGCUCAACAGCAGUCAGAUGAGCAGCUCUCUGCCUUUGUGUUGAGGCUAGAAGUCCUGCUGCAGAAAGCCAUCCAGAAGGGGGCUCUAGAGAGAACCUCCACUGAUGAUAUCCGCCUGAGGCAGGUGCUCACCAGGGCUAACCUGAAUGAGCCUCUGGAUGAAGCUCUGAGGAGGCUGAGAAUGAUCGGGAGAUCUCCAACUUUCCUGGAGUUGUUGGGGCUCAUAAGGGAGACUGAGGAAUGGGAGGCAAGACUAGUCAGCAACAUGGAAGCCCAGGUGGAGAAUGAAGCUGGUGAUCUGGCUCCUGCCUGGGCUGAUGGCAGAGUCAAUGCAAAGGCAGAAGAUGAGAAUGUGGAGAAAGAGGAAGAUGAGGUGGAGGAGCAGGCAGAGGAUGAGGUUGAGGAGGAGAUAGAAGACCAUAACCCAGACCACGGCCCUGUGGACCCAAGCCAGGCAGGACCCGAAGAGCCGCCUGGGGCUCCCACUCCAGCCCAGAUGGGCAGUACUCCUAGAGAGUGCCCAGGAGGGCCUGGCUGGGUGCCGAGCAGCCUUGCCUAGGCAGGAGAACAUAAAGCAGAUGAUCUCAUCUUGUAUCAGCCUAGAAGUAUUACUGAAGGGUCAGCCCCACAGUAGAGGAGAGGGCCUGCAGAUAGCUGCUAUACCCCCUGGCCUGGGAGAUAUUAGAGAGAAAGAGUCUAUUAAAAGGAUCCUGACAGCCUGGCUCUUCUACCCAGUCAGCAUCCCCAGGCAGGCUUAUGACACUGCCUUUGGAAUCUCAUCCUUAACUGUUUUACUCACAGUGACCAGCUAUUCACUGAGUAUGCAUUUUCAUACUAGCUCUCCCAUCCAUCACACCCUAGGCAAAGUGUAUCAAUCCCAGAUAGGUGGAAGCCCUGACCCACCCAGCUAGCCACCACUAUAGUCCCAGCUUGUGCUGUGAAUUUCCAUGCCAGCCAAGGCCCCGUUUGCUCUGCUUAUGCCUCGUGUUGUGUAUUCCUGGUCAGUUUUCUUGAUAUACUUGCAGGCCAGCGACUUGCUGCUUGUUCCCUACAGAUGUGUGUGU